UGUGUUUAGCUUUAAAUAUUUCAUUUAAUCAUUUUUGUUUCGAUUGUAAAAGAUAAAAAACCUGUGUGGCAAGGCGAACUAAUUGGGCAGAAUGGGAAAAUAGCUGAGUUUUAGAUAACCCUAUCUUAGUCGCAAGCAAGAUUAUAACAAUUAUACUAUCAUAGACAACAGUUGUUCCGCUAAAAAGAUGUAAAACUGAACAGAUUUUUUGUAUUUUGAUUUUUGCAGUCCAAUAUUCAAAAUGAACAAUUCGAUUGCUUGAAAACGCGCAAUUUGGCGCGUAAUGCGCAAACGACCUGGGGAGGACAACUUCGACAAUAUGGCGGAAAAUAAUUUAGAUGAAAAUGUCCCUGAAAAUUGUCCAGGGGUGCAGAGCGAUCAAGCAGGGAAGAGCAGUGCUUGUGCUGGUUGUCCAAAUCAGAACCUUUGUGCGUCUGGGAAAGCCAAUGGUCCUGAUCCAGCUCUUCCAGAAAUCAAGAAACGUCUUGCAUGUGUAAAACACAAGAUACUUAUUCUCUCUGGUAAAGGUGGUGUUGGGAAAUCUACUCUAAGUGCCCACUUGGCACAUGGCCUGGCUGAAGAUGAAGACAGACAAAUUGGCAUAUUAGAUAUUGAUAUUUGCGGACCAUCAAUUCCAAAGAUCAUGGGUCUUGAUGGUGAACAGGUCCAUCAGAGUGGUUCUGGGUGGUCACCAGUGUUUGUAGAAGAUAAUCUUGCUGUGAUGUCUGUCGGGUUUCUCUUGGGCAGUCCAGAUGAUGCGGUCAUUUGGAGAGGACCAAAGAAAAAUGGUUUGAUCAAGCAGUUCCUACGUGAUGUCGAUUGGGGUGAGAUUGAUUACCUUCUUGUGGAUACACCACCUGGAACCUCGGAUGAACAUUUAUCUAUCGUACAAUAUUUGAAGACAGUUGGUAUCACUGGAGCUGUUGUUAUUACAACCCCACAGGAAGUCUCAUUACUGGAUGUUCGAAAGGAAAUAAAUUUCUGUAAAAAAGUUAAAGUUCCUAUUAUUGGGGUGGUUGAAAACAUGAGUGGCUUUGUCUGUCCGAAAUGCAAGAACACAUCACAGAUAUUUCCAGCGACAACAGGUGGUGCGGAACAGCUAGCUAGUGAUAUGAAGAUACCAUUCUUGGGCAAACUACCAUUAGAUCCCAGGAUAGGACGAUGUUGCGACGAGGGUAAAUCAUUUUUAACAGUAGUCCCGGAUUCUCCUGCUGCUAAAUGCUAUAAAGAAAUUAUACAAAAAAUCGUGGCUUACUGUUCCUUUGGUGAAAACGGCACACCGUGUGAAUGAAAUGUUCUUGAAUCGAUCCAAACUAGACAUCUACCGUAUCUAUAAAAAGCGUGGACUACGUUGUCAGCGAAACCUGUCAGAGCUGUUGGUACCGUAUUAAGAUGUAAAUGAAAAUCAUUGAGACUACAACGAAUUCUGCGUAAUAGAUACUCACUUUUCAUUCCAAACAAUCCUGUUCAUUUUGAAAUGAAAAAUAAUUGUCAAAGGUUUCAGCUGUCGACAAACAGACGUAAAUAUACCUUUCACAAUAUUUUAUGCAUUCAUUCAAUUACUAUAAUCUUGAGAGUGGCCAAGACUACCUUACCC